CCUCGGGCUGUAGCUUCUGCGUAGCUUACGUCCACCAGCAGCGUAAGCUCAAUGGGAAGCUUGAGUAUUUGGGGUUUUUUCGUUCCUUGGCCUAGAAUGGCUGUUAGACGUCGCAGCUGUGAGUUUUAUUUGGGCUGCCCCCCGCUUCUGUGCACUGUUAGGGACAACAGGACAGCUGGAAAGCGUUUGGAGUAGGGACUCCCUGCACAAACACUGGUUUUCAUUUGGGGUAACCUGGUACAAGAGAGCGAUUUGCCUUCCCCGGGGCUGUGUGAACUCCCCGGGCCGUGCGCUGAGCGGGGCUGCCCGCAGCGUAUGGUCGGCUCGUCCUAGUGAAGGAGGAGUUUAGGUUGGCUGAGGAGUUGGUGGCAAGAAAUUAGGUCCCCCAGAGGAUUGCGGUGUGUUAAUGAAACGCAUGGGCACUAGUAGAGUGGAAAAAAGAAAAUAAAAAAGGCCUGACUCUACUCUUAACUUGUAGAUUUGUAGAAUUACAGCCCCUGCCUGAGCCCAGGUCUGCUGGUCUGUUUGACUUGAGCUUAAAAAUCCAGAGAUUCGCCCGGUCCGUUUCUGCCUUAGCCCUCAUUCAGAAAUGAUCUUGAACCCGGAGCGUUUGUUGUUGCUGAAGCAGGUUUAGCUCAGCGCAGCGGGGCUUCUCUGCCGUGGAAUGUGAUGAGGAUGCUUUUCUUGUUUUGGUUUUUAUUUUUUUUUUCAGCCCCAGUCUCUCAUUGAUGAAUUGCUAUUAUACAAGCGCUCGGAAGACCAGAUAGAGCUGAAAGAGAAGCAGCUUUCCACGAUGAGAGUCGAUGUGUGCAGCACCGAAACACUUAAAUGCUUAAAAGACAAAACAGGAGGAAAGAAGUUCUCCAAGGAGUUCGAAGAAGCAAGCUCAAAGCUGGAAGAGUUUGUGAAUGGCUUAGACAAACAAGUGAAAAACGGCCCUUCUCUCACUGAAGCCCUGGAGAACGCCGGGAUCUUUUAUGAAGCGCAGUAUAAGGAAGUCAAGGUGGUAGCAAAUGCUUAUAAAACGUUUGCUAAUCGAGUGAGCAAUCUAAAGAAGAAGCUGGACCAGUUGAAAGCCACGCUGCCUGAUCCGGAGGAGUCUCCUGUCCCUUCUCCCAGCAUGGACGCCCCAUCCCCGACGGGCUCCGAGUCGCCUUUCCAGGGGAUGGGCGAGGAGGACAACUCCCGGUCUCCAGUGGUCGGAAGCCGCAAGACGACGUCUCCGGAGCCUGUGACGGAUAAUCGGGAUGUGGAAGACAUGGAGCUCUCGGACGUGGAGGAUGAUACGUCUAAAAUUAUCGUGGAAGAGAGGAAGGAGAAGCAGGCUGCCCCACCUUCGGCCCCCGCCAAGGCUGAAAGCGUCCCCAAAGCGGUUCCCUCGACGGCCACGACGUCGGUGACGGUGACGCCGCCCGCCCAGACCCCUGCGACCCCCCCGGCUCCGAAGGCGGCGAGCGCAGCCCCCGUCCCCCCGGCGCCAGCACUUGCCUUGCCCAACCUGGCCAACGUGGACCUGGCCAAGAUCAGCUCCAUUCUUAGCAGUUUAACUUCUGUAAUGAAAAAUACAGGUGUCAGCCCCGCCUCGAGACCUUCUCCGGGAACCCCAACCAGCCCAACAGCUCUUACUAGUGGCCUGAAGACUCCUGUCAUGGGGACUCCAUCUGCUCCUUCAAAUCCGUUAGCAAAUAUUCUCUCCAAAGUUGAAAUAACUCCUGAAAGUAUUUUGUCUGCUCUCUCCAAAACCCAGACUCAGACUGCACCAGCGUUGCAAGGUUUGUCAUCCUUACUUCAGAGCGUUGCUGGAAAUACCGUUCAGUCGAGCGAAGCCGCGUCGCAGAGCACUUCGGCAUCGCCAGCCAACACAACUGUUCCUUGUGUGAAAGGGAGGAAUAUCCCUUCCAGCACUCAGUCCUUUAUAUCCAAAAGUUUUGGUUAUUCGCCAAACUCCUCUACUGCUGAGGUUUCCUCGACUUCAGUUAAUAAGGCUCCUGUUGGACAUACCCCAGGACUGUCAAGCUCCAGUUUUAAGCCACCAACCAAUUCCUUGGGAUUUUCCAGUUCCCACCCUACCAGUCCUUCCUCACUUCUGCCAACAGAAACCUCACUGGGUCAAUCCUCUGAAAUUUCAAAAGCGAAGCUGGAAUCGGAACCCCCUUCUCCGAGCCUGGAGAUGAAGAUACACAAUUUCUUGAAGGGAAAUCCCGGCUUCAGUGGUCUGAACUUGAAUAUUCCAAUCCUCAGCAGCUUAGGGUCCAGCAUCGCCACGGAAAGUCACGCGUCUGACUUCCAGCGUGGUCCUACCAGCACUUCCAUGGACAAUGUGGACGGAACACCAGUGCGCGACGAGCGAAGCGGGACCCCCACCCAGGACGAAAUGAUGGACAAGCCGACGUCGAGCAACGUCGACACUAUCUCCUUGCUGUCCAAAAUCAUGAGCCCCGGUUCUUCGACUCCCAGCAGCACGAGGUCGCCUCUUCAGAGCCGGGACGACGGAUAUUCCCAAGAGCUCUCCAAUUCCGUGCACACCUACCGGCCCUUCGGCCUCGGCAGAGAGUCUCCGGCCAGCUUGUACAAGCAGUCUGCAGACAGCAUGGAGAUCCCCUCCUCUUUAAUGGACUCCUCGCAGGAGAAGUUUUACCCAGACACGUCUUUUCAGGAAGACGAAGAUUAUCGCGACUUUGAUUACUCCGGGCCGCCGCCGUCGGCCAUGUUAAACCUGGAGAAGAAGCCCGCCAAGUCUAUCUUGAAAUCGAGCAAGCUCUCAGAAGCUGCAGAGUACCAGCCAGUCCUGUCCAGCUACGGUCAAAGAUCGCAGGAAUUUGGCGUCAAGUCGUCCUUUCCCCAAUCCAUGAGGUCUAUUCUUGAUCAGAGCGAGAGCUGCGACCCGCUGGCGUCGUCUCCGGGGAUGUACGGGAGCUACGGCCUCAGAGGAAACGACUCCACCUCGGACGGCUCCCCUUCGCCCAGCAAAAACGACGUGUUUUUCACGCCGGACUCCAACCACAACAACUUACCGAAAUCCGUGGUGCACUCCGGCCUCGCACAGAAGCAAUACCCGGACUCGCCCCACUCGCUUCCCCACCGCUCGCUUUUCUCUUCUCCAAACACCCUCUCCAGCCCCGCGGGCCGAGCUCCCGCGGCGAGCGUGGAGAAAUCCUUGGGUUCUUCCAUCUCCGCCACCUCGACCAUCGAGUUCAAGAACAUGCUCAAAAACGCCUCCCGCAAGCCCUCUGAGGAGAAGCAUUUUGGUCAGAUUGCCAAAAGCGGCUCCGGCGAGGGGGUGAGUUUAUCUGGCGCCGCCAAGGGGGAGCCGCAGCCACAGGAGGAGCACUACCGCAUCGAGACCAGGGUCUCCUCGUCCUGCUUGGACUUACCCGACAGCACCGAGGAGAAAGGGGCCCCCAUCGAAACGCUGGGUUACCACAACGCCUCGAGCAGGGGGAUGUCAGGAGAACCCAUCCAGACCUUAUCCCAUAAAGAUAGUUCCCAGUUUGGGAAGAUAGAAGUGGAGUCCCUCAACAUCAUGUUGCGCUAUUGCUCAUCUUCAAGACACAAAGCAGCAGCACUUCAGGAGCUGUUUACUGUUGCUUAG